AUGAAGGCCAUUAUUCUCGUCGGUGGCUUCGGCACUCGUCUUCGCCCUCUUACUCUUACCCUCCCCAAGCCCCUGGUCGAGUUCGCCAACAAGCCCAUGAUCGAGCACCAGAUCGAGGCUCUCGCUGCCGCAGGUGUCACCGAUGUCGUCCUUGCUGUCAACUACCGCCCUGAGAUUAUGGAGAAGCACUUGGCAGAGUACGAGAAGAGGUUUGGCCUCAACAUUACCUUCUCCGUCGAGACCGAGCCCCUCGAUACCGCCGGCCCCCUGAAGCUGGCCGAGAACAUCCUCGCCAAGGACGACUCUCCCUUCUUCGUCCUUAACUCAGACGUCAUCUGCGAUUUCCCUUUCAAGGAGCUCGCCGCCUUCCACAAGAACCACGGCGACGAGGGCACCAUCGUUGUCACAAAGGUCGAGGAACCCUCCAAGUACGGUGUCGUUGUUCACAAGCCUGGCCAUGCCACCAAGAUCGACCGCUUCGUCGAGAAGCCCGUCGAGUUCGUCGGUAACCGCAUCAACGCCGGCAUGUACAUUCUCAACACCAGCGUCCUCAAGCGCAUUGAGCUCCGUCCCACCUCCAUCGAGAAGGAGACCUUCCCCGCCAUCGUCCGCGAUGGCCAGCUGCACAGCUUCGACCUGCCGGGCUUCUGGAUGGACGUCGGUCAGCCCAAGGACUUCCUCACCGGUACCUGCCUCUACCUUACCUCGCUCACCAAGCAAGGCUCUCACCUUCUCGCUCCCCCAAGCGAGCCCUACGUCCACGCCGGUAACGUCCUGAUCGACCCCUCGGCCAAGAUUGGCAACAACUGCAAGAUUGGUCCCAAUGUCACCAUCGGCCCCAACGUUGUCAUCGGCGACGGCUGCCGUCUCCAAAGAUGCGUCCUCCUCCCCGGCUCCAAGGUUAAGGAUCACGCCUGGGUGAAGAGCACCAUUGUCGGCUGGAACAGCACCGUCGGCAAGUGGGCCCGUCUGGAGAACGUCACCGUUCUCGGCGACGACGUUACCAUUGGCGACGAGAUCUACGUCAACGGCGGCAGCAUUCUCCCCCACAAGAGCAUCAAGGCCAACGUUGACAUCCCCGCCAUCAUCAUGUAA